AUGUCGCAUCUGACAGCAGUCGGUGUCAGCGAAGUCGAGGAGGAGAAGCAUACCACUAUUCUAGACCUGCCGCUCGAGACUCUCCAGCACGUCGCUAGCUACCUCGAACCACGCCGGCUGGGGAAGCUGCGCCGGGCAGCUCUGACUGCCCGUGAGCACGGCAAGCGAGCCAAGCUGUGA